AUGUGUAAUGUACCGCCCAAGUUUUACAAAUUGUGCCGCCUGUGCUUGACCAGCAUCAACGACUGUGAGCUGAACGAGUCCACCGUUCUGGUCGGCGGUCGGCAGCAGCAACAACAGCAGCAGGAGAAAAUCUCCCGCAAGCGCCAACAAAAUGGCUCUGGUGCCGCCCAGGAUCAAAACCCCACCACCAGUGAUGCCGUUGGAGAUGGUGGUGGUGGCGGUGGUGACGGCGGCGGUGGCAGUGUGGGCGAUGCCAGUGGUUAUGGUGAUGUUUUGAAAAGCCACCAGCACGUGCGCCACCACGGUGCUGCCGGAACUGGUGCGGCCAGCAGUAGUGGCAGCAGUAGCAGCAGCUCCAGUUCCAGCUCUAGUUCGAGCUCCAGCAACAGCAGCUCCAGCGACGACGACGAUGAUUACGACGAUGAUGACUUCUUCGACGGUGCCGACGAGUCCAGUGUGGACCUGGCCAAGCGGAUACGGACGUGUCUAGCGAUCAAGAAAAAGCCGAAAGCGAUGCAGGAGAAACAGAAUCGGAUGGAGCAGGAGCUGGAAAUGGAGGUUCUAACUAAAUGA